GGUUGCGUUAUUAGAAGGAAACAUACACAAGCAAAAUGGCUUUUGUUCGCUUUAAUAUUGCUUUUUUCGUUUUGAUUUUAAGUGGUGGUUUUUGUGUGCCGUUAGAGGAACACGAGGAGAUUAAAAAGUCAGUCGUCGCUAACGAUUAUUUUCAUAAUAGGCUGCUAGCAAUACCUCCGAAUGUUUCCGUUAAAAUGGGAGAAGAUAACCUCGACAACUACGCGACGCCGCUGGUGUUUGAGGGAGACAUUCUGGGCGUGCUGAAGCCAGGCGAUACUAUCGCUGACUUGAACGACAAAUUAAACAAUCCGGAGAAGGCGGCGCUAUUCAAUGAGAGAUGGCUCUCUGGAGAUAUGUACUACCGGAUAUCAGCCUCAUUCACCCCGCAUCAAAAGAACCAAAUUCUAAUGGCGAUGUCCGACAUUGAAGCAAAUACGGAUGCUAUUCGAUUUAUCGCGAGGGGCGAUUUUUCUUUUCGCAGAGAUUAUAUCAACAUUAUCAAAGGUGUCAGCUGUUCCAGUUAUGUGGGGAGACAAGGAGGCGCACAAGAACUUUCCCUAGGCAACGACUGCUUUGAACAUGGAAUUAUAAUCCAUGAACUGAUGCACGCCUUGGGUUUUGGCCAUGAACAGUCGAGGACUGACCGGGAUAGUUACGUCGAUAUCAACUGGAGCAAUAUUGCAGAGGCUGACAGGCACAAUUUCGACAAGUACGAAGCAAACACGAUUACGACAUCUGGCACGACAUACGACUUCGGGUCAGUUAUGCACUACGGCAAGAAUGAUUUCGCGAUAGAUGCCGAUAGUUGGACGAUCAGGCCGAAAUCUCCAUGGCAGAACACUACCAUUGGUCAGAGGAUCGGGAUGAGCGCCACCGAUAUCAGAGAAAUCAAUGCAUUGUACAAACUCUGUGCCACAACCUGGGACGAUUAUUCCGGCUGGCUUGGCAUCGAAUCCGGCAUGCGGUGGAUCAAAGGAGAAAAAGACAAUAUAAAUAUAAGCUUUUUAAUGAGUUCAGCCAAGGUAAAAGUCGGCUGCAUUUUGGCUAUCUACACUGGAAGUAAUUACCGGGGAUUUAGAAUCUUAAUUGGGCCAGCUGAAGAAGGUGAUCUUUACUGGGACUUUCAGGGCCAGUUGUACGAUAAGCUGGCGCGAUCAGCCAAGUGUUUUUGUUCGUAAUUUUUACUUUUCUGGGUGACAACAUACAGUACAUCAGAGCAUGGCUAAGGCCCUGGUAUGCUUUGUUCUUCCGUCGUGAGUGGAUGACAGUGGCCAUCUGAAACAUGGUUGUGAAGUG